CUCCGCCGCUUCGCCGCCGCCCACGCCUCCUGCGCGCCACGGCGCCCGAGCAGGCGGCUCUACUUAAGCAGCGCGCGGGCCGUGACCCGGCACUCGCCUGGAGCGCGCGGGCAAGGCGGGCGGAGCACUUCGGAGCUCACGGGGCGCACAGCAGCAAGCUAGCACUGCUCUGCUCCGCGCGGCUCUCGGAGGUGGAGGCGGCGGCGGGGCGCAGGGCUGAGCGAGCGUCCGGGCUCCGGGGCUCCGGGCCAGGUGGCUGCAGCUCCUGAGUGCGGCGCGGCUCCCCGCCACUGUCCCGGCCGGGCCACCUCUGUCAUGGCUCUGGCGGACAGCACACGUGGAUUACCCAACGGGGGCGGCGGCGGGGGCGGCAGCGGCGGCGGCAGCGGCUCCUCGUCGUCCUCUGCGGAGCCGCCGCUCUUCCCCGACAUCGUGGAGCUGAACGUGGGGGGCCAGGUGUACGUGACCCGGCGCUGCACGGUGGUGUCGGUGCCCGACUCGCUGCUCUGGCGCAUGUUCACGCAGCAGCAGCCGCAGGAGCUGGCCCGGGACAGCAAAGGCCGCUUCUUUCUGGACCGAGACGGCUUCCUCUUCCGCUACAUCCUGGAUUACCUGCGGGACUUGCAGCUAGUGCUGCCCGACUACUUCCCCGAGCGCAGCCGGCUGCAGCGCGAGGCCGAGUACUUCGAGCUGCCGGAGCUCGUGCGCCGCCUCGGGGCGCCCCAGCAGCCCGGCCCCGGGCCGCCGCCUCCGCCCUCGCGGCGCGGGGUGUACAAGGAGGGCUCGCUGGGUGACGAGCUGCUGCCGCUCGGAUUCGCGGAGCCCGAGCAGCAGGAGGGCGCCUCUGCCGGGGCGCCGUCGCCCACGCUGGAGCUGGCUAGCCGCAGUCCGUCUGGGGGCGCGGCGGGCCCGCUGCUCACGCCGUCCCAGUCGCUGGACGGCAGCCGGCGCUCGGGCUACAUCACCAUCGGCUACCGCGGCUCCUACACCAUCGGGCGGGACGCGCAGGCGGACGCCAAGUUCCGGCGAGUGGCGCGCAUCACCGUGUGCGGCAAGACGUCGCUGGCCAAGGAGGUGUUUGGGGACACCCUGAAUGAAAGCCGGGACCCUGACCGUCCCCCGGAGCGCUACACCUCGCGCUAUUACCUCAAGUUCAACUUCCUGGAGCAGGCCUUUGACAAGCUGUCCGAGUCGGGUUUCCACAUGGUGGCGUGCAGCUCCACGGGCACCUGCGCCUUUGCCAGCAGCACCGACCAGAGCGAGGACAAGAUCUGGACCAGCUACACCGAGUACGUCUUCUGUAGGGAGUGAGCGCCCCAGACCCCCUCGCGACUCCAGCGCCCACUCCCCUUCUUGCCCGAGAGAUGAUCACAGAUCCUCUUGCCCCCACUUCUGUCCCCUGGUUCCCCCCCUUCCAAUCUCUUCCUCCAGUAGUAGCUGGGCGAUAUCUGACCGCCCACCCUCCCUCCACUUCAGAACCUGCAGCCGCAAAUCCUCUCGGCUUCUUCGUUUGCUUUGGACGUCCUGAACCGAGAGAAACCAGAGAAACCCCCACCCCACCCCCACCUCCCACUCCUUGCUUCCUUCUACUCCCUGCCUCACACCACCCCUCCCCCAGAUGGUACCUCAGUCUGGAUCUGGUGGGGCAGUGUGGCCACAGAGUCACCAAGUACCUGGGAAUGAUUGAAUUGUUCAGAACCUGAUUGGACCGUGUCCAGUGUGUGGAAGAUUCCUUGAAAUCUUCUCAAGCCCUUAUGACUCAAUGGGGGUUUAAGAGAUCAGGAUUGGUUACACUGAGGUUAGUGUUUUACAAGGUCAUUACACAGUCUUUUUGGCCUCUUUUGAAGGUAGAGUUUUAGAAGGCUGGAUGGAAGAUUCUGAACCUGAAAUUAGGACCCCAUGGAGGCAGUUCAGCAACUGUAAAUGAAUGAAGUUUUGAAAAGUUACACGUAAAGUAGAAUUUAGCACCGGCACAGUAAAGGAUCCUUUCUCGUACAGAAUAAAAGGUCUCCGCCUGUGGCUUAAACUUACAGAAAGUGAUCCUCCUGCCUGCAGAGGCGCCCUUUUCAAGCUGCUGCUCGCUAGAAAUCUUUGAUUCCACUGGCUGACAUGGCAGCAGCUAAUGGCAAGAGGGAGAAAGGAUGCCGCCGAUUAAGGGUGCAAGGCUGCUCAGGUCUCCAAGCGCUGUAGGAGGUCACCUGACAAGUGCCCAGUGUAGGGAGCUGGGCAGUAAGUGCACAUCGGUCGUGGGUAUUAGGAAAGCCUGUAUUCUUGCAGUGAAUGCCAGUAGGACCUUCCUUUAGCUGUAAAACUUGGCGGGUGGGGUGGGGUGGGGAGGGAGGAAAGGGUAGGAAGGGUGGGAAGGGAGAAGCAUACAUACUCAUUUAUGAUUUGAAAGUUGGAAGUUUGUAUCAUCUGUUUGAGUACAUGCACAUUUAAAAAAUAUCAUAUAGUAAAUGCAAACAUGCCAAGCAUUUUAUAAAGACCUACUCUUAACUGGCAGUUUAUCGAACUUACUGUUUUGAGUCCUAAACUUAGAGUUGUUAAUGCUUAUAUAUAAUCUAACCAAAGACUUACCCAGUAGGGUUUUAGUUUUUGAACUUUUAUUUUCUUGUUGAUUAUAAAUCUUGAUUUU